UUUAUUAUGGGCUCGCUGUGACUGGGUGAGACUGUAUUGCUGCAUUUAUCGCGCGGCAUUCAUUGUGGUAGUUAUUUUACAUCGAUUUAGUUGGCUCUUUCACUUUACAGGGUCAAAGUUCAGUCGUGACAAAGUGGAGAAAAAUUCUCGCUCAACACUUUUAACUUGGAACUUGAUGCGAGAUAAUGGGUGCAGUCUUUUGUUUGUGUUGAUUGCCUGGGAUCGAUCAAUCAGACUUUUCCAAAAAUGGAUGCAGAUACUUACAACUGUUGUAUUUUAUGCAAAAACAGUUUAGUUGAAAGAAAUGCAUACUUAAUGCCAUGUAUUCACUCAGUUUGUGAAUCAUGUAUAAAAGUAAAUAACGGCGACACUGUGAAUAGCGGAGAAGGGGGUAAGUCGCCGGUAUCAAUAGUAAACUUGGCAGAUGAUGUAACCUGUACAGACUGUAAGGAAAAAUAUCAAAUUGCUGAUCUAGUAGAAAAUCUGUUGACUAGAAGAUCUUCGGAUACACCUAUAAUAAUAGAAGAAGUUGAAAAGCAUACAUGUACCGGUUGUGAAGAUGCCAUCGAGGCCACAUCACAUUGUGAAGACUGCGAGGAGUGGUUAUGUGAUCAGUGUGUUUUUGCUCACAAACGUGUUAAAAUUACUAAAGAUCAUACCAUCACAGGCAAAAAUAACAAAAAUGCUACAGACGGUACCAUGAAUGAAGCAGCGACAUUCUGCAAGUUGCAUAAACACGAGAAACUUAACUUUUUCUGCGAAGUUUGCGACAUGCUGACCUGUCGUGAUUGUCAGUUACUAGAACAUAAGGAACAUCGGUAUCAGUUUCUUCCGCAAGCUGCAGAAAUUUACAAAGAACAAACAGAAAAAUUUGCUGCUCAUCUUCAAGCUAAAAAAGAAACACUAAAACUGUCAGCGUCGAAAAUACAAGAAAAAUUAAUCUAUGUGAAAUCCCAGAAAGACGUAGUAAGAGAUGAAGUUCAGUCGCAGGCUAGAAAACUGGUUGAGCACGUGAUUGAAUACGCAAAACAGAUAUUACAGAAUCUAAACUUUGUUUGUGAUGCGGCUGGAAAACGUCUUGCACAAGAAGGCGCAGACGCCAGCGCAAUGUUACAGAAAAUUGAACACAUGUCAUCUUUCCUCCGCAACUUAAAAAAUGAGAAAAAUGAUCUCAGUCUACUGUAUACAAAGAAAUUAAUUCUUAAACAAGCUGCAACUUUGUCGCAAGCUAAUUUAGAACUUUAUUCUCUUAAAGGACAGUUAAAUUUAGAAUAUAGACAUGAAUCACCAUUUUUUUUUCAAAAUAUUCAUAAACUAGGUACAAUAUUUGUCAAUGGUUUGCGAUAUCCUCCGCCAAAAUAUCAACAGGGUCAACAGCCCCCAAUACCCGGUGUGACACAAAAUGGCGCAGCCAAUGUGAAUCCUGCAUCUGAGGACCAACGUAGAAUGAUGGCAUUCGCAAUGCAACGGGCAGCACAUGCAAAACAGCAGCAACAGCAGCAGCAGCAGCAACAACAUCAAUACCAGAAUAGAAUGUCAGUUUUACAGUCUCAUGCUCAACAGCGACCGGUCAACCAACAACCCAACCAACCAAAUAUCUUGAGAAAUAAUCCGCAAGGUGGCAAUCUGCCCUUUAAUUGGCAGAACAGCAACAGUCAUCGUGGUCAACAGCCACCCCAUAACACACAGACAUCAGGUGGUCAAAUGGUCAACCAGGCCUUUUUUUUACAACAGCAAGUCAGUCGUCAACAACAGCAUAGUAACCAAAAUCAGCAACAGUUUCAGCCAAUGAAGUUAAACACCAGACCUGUUACCAGUAACAUAGCAACGCAUCAACAGAUGGGAAUGGGAUGGGGCGGAAAUCGAUCAUCAGGUAAUUCACCUAGGUCGACGGAAGUAGGAAGCAUGGGUAAUAAUCGCAGGCAUUCCACAUCACCGGGUCAUAAUGGUAAUGUUGAGUCAACUGAUGAUGAUUUUUAUGACUGUAUUAUUACUGCUGCUAAAAUCAAAGGGCAAAAACUCGAGGACAGCGCUGGGUUGAUCGUUGGUGAUGAAACUAACACCAUUAACUUAAUAGAUGAUGUAGAGGCUGACAACGUUUUAUCAGAUGUCCUGAAAAACAUGCCCAUAGAACUUACAGAAACAAAGGAGGAUAUCAUUAAACAAGAGAACAUUCCAGCACCAGAAGUUCUGGUUACAUCUCCAAAACCAGCUCCCCCAACACCAGUUGAAGAAAAUAGUACAUCAGAGAAACCUAGUGAGGUACCGGAAGUUGUAGAAAAACCAGUUGAAACAACAACCACAGCAGAAACAACAAACACGGCAGAAACAACAAACACAAACACGACAGAAACAACAACCACAGCAGAAAUACCAGCCAUAGCACAAAAAACCAUAGAACAAAGAUCAAGUGAGUCGGAUGAAAAGGCAUCCCAGGAAUCUAGUCAGUCUGAUCCGAAUGAAGAUUAUUGUGCGUGCUGUCAUAAUGGGGGAGAUGUAUUGUGUUGUGAGAAGUGUCCAAGGGUGUUCCAUCUACACUGUCAUAUCCCACCACUUCAAUGUGUACCACCGGGUGUAUUUGUUUGUUUGUUGUGUGAGGCGACAGAAAAGGUUCCGGAAGAGGAGUCAGAUGAAAAUAUUAAUCCGGGCUCUAAACGUAAAGCUCCACUUGGUUUGACAGACAGAGAAUUAAAGAUAUGUGAGAAAAUAUUACUAGAACUAUUCUGUCAUCAACAAAGUGUCGCUUUCCAUGAGCCAGUAGGAAGAAAUGUUUUGAAUUACCACAAAAUAGUGACAAAACCACAAGAUUUCACCAAUAUUAAAUGUAAACUGUCUCGUCAGCAUUUUAACCAUUACAGUUCUGUGUAUAAUUUCCUAUCUGAUGUCAGACAAGUCUUUAUCAACUGUGCCAUAUACAAUGCGCCUGGUUCAGAAGUUGGUAAAUCGGGUCAGAUUGUGAGAAAAUUUUUUGAAGAAUUAGUGGAAAAGAAUUUACCAGGUUAUUUGAAAUUUGUUCAAAGUGAGCCCACUGUUACACCCCCACCAGCCGUUGGUAAUGGAAACGCGAGUCCUAAGAGACAGCGCAUCGAGGAGGCGAGCAAUACAAAGACACUUGUCUGAUAGAUCUACACACAGAUGCAAAUCAUUCAUUUUGCUGCUGGAAAAGACAAAACUUUACCAUGUGAUGUGAGAGGUUUGAUAGACAGUGGAUCUGAAAUCAAAAUCAGUGCUAAAUUUAUUUUUGAUUUAAGUUUUUUAUAUUAAAUGUAAUGAAAUAAAACAUUACAAACUUUUUGCGCAAGUUAACCUCUCCGAAACAAAGUCAUUCAGAUUUCGCUCCCAGUGUGGGCCAAGAAUGUUCAUCAGGAUUUUCCGGUGUGGUUUCCCCUUGUCAGUGGUGCAGGACGGAGAGUCUGACAAGGAUAGUUGUCUAUAGUCGUAUGGAUGGGAUGAGAAACUGAGGCCCUGUGUACACACUGGCGUGCAUAUAAUUAAUCCUUUGGCAGUUGGAAUUUGAUAUAACAGUAGGCCUUAGUGCCGCUGUCCGAGCAAAAUUUCCCUCAAAGAACACUAUAUGGCAGAUGCCCGUCUUCAUUAGCCCAGUCAGCAGAACAAUAGGACGUUAUACCCUAUUUCAUUUCAUUUAGAUUUAUUGAAGGUUGUUACUAUAUUUUAUGUAUCAUACAAUUAAAAUGUACAUAUCUAUAUUAUAAAUAAAUUAAAACUAUUAUAAGUUAAUGUUAAAAAUGUUAAAAUAUU